CACACAGCUUCGGGAUUAAGCGGACUUAGCUUAUACCGGCUGACAGAACGAACAUGGUGUGAGACUUAAGUGGUUCAAUCUUACUGCUGUAUACGACGCCUUCGCGGUGGACGUGAUUAGAUAUAAAUAUGGGAGGAGACAGCUUCCAUCACCAACAACGAAACCAUCAGUUCACACUACCAACCUAGCUAUAGAUCAAUCGUCUCUUUUCAACAAUCUUUCCGUAAAUUCAGAGCAUUCGACCAACAAUGUCUUCUGAAAUCCAGCAACUAGAGCACAUCCGCAAAGUCGCCAUCAUCGGCGCCACCGGACAAAUCGGUUCCCACAUACUCACGCACCUCCUCAACACCUCUAAACACCAAGUCACCGCCCUGACCCGACAUACCAGCACUGCCACCCUCCCCACCAACCCCAACCUCACCGUCAUCAAAGUCGACUACUACGACGACACAGCCCUCACCUCCGACCUCAGUGGCCAUGACUUCCUCAUCAUAACCCUCUCCGCACGCGCCCCAUCCAAUCUCCACCCCCGCAUCGUGUCCUGCGCCGCCGCCGCCAAGAUCCGUUGGAUCAUGCCUAAUUACUUUGGCUACGGCAUCGGAAACCGUGCAAUCAGUGGCAAGGCUGAAAUACCUGCCAACUUCGAGCGCUUCAUUGAUGAUGUGAAGAGCACGCCUGGUGUAGAUUACACAGCGCUUGUAUGCGGGUUUUGGUACGAGUUCAGUCUCGCAAUGGGGGAACCGUGGUUUGGAUUUCGCAUUAGGGAGAGGAGUGUGACGAUGUAUGGGGAUGGGAUGAAGAAGGUUAAUGUGAGUACGUGGGAUGCUUGUGGGAGGGCGGUUGCGGGGUUGUUGUCGCUUUCCGUCACGGCGGAUGAUGCUGAGAGUGGUGUUGCGUUGGAGAAGUGGAAGAAUGAGGGGGUUUACAUAUCUUCUUUCCUUAUUUCUCAGCGCGAUAUCCUGGAUAGUUUACACCGAGUGCUGGGCACGAAGGAUGAGGACUGGACGAUUAAGUUCGAGGAUGUGGAGAAGAGGUUUGGAGAUGGGAUGAGGGAGUUGGGAGAGGGGAAGAUGUUGGGGUUUGCGAAGGCGCUUUAUGCGGGGGUUUGGAGGAGCGAGGGGGCUGAUUAUGAGACGAAGGGGGGUUUAGAUAAUGUGGAGUUGGGGAUGGAGAAGGAGGAUUUGGAUGGGGCGACGAAGAGGGCGGUUGAGAUGGCGAUGGGGCCAAUGGGGAAUGUUGAGGGGCAGUUCAAGUAAAGGGACUUUGGUGAGAUGUGGAGUUGUGCCAUUGCAAAUUGAGCAAAGGAAAGCGCGAUGAUGAGAUCGCAGAUUGUAAGUUGUGUAGCUAAAUUCGAUGAUGUUGCGGAAGGAACGAUGAUGAUGUACCAUCGGCCAUCAUGGUUUAUGCCCUGAUCAUUCGGCGUCUACCCC